AUGUGUGAUAACAUUGAGAUGAAAUUGAUCAUGAUGCCUGCUAAGAGCGAGAUAUUGAGGGUCGCCAUCAGAUACAUCGGUCUUCUAUGCGAGGUGCUCGAGUGGCAGAAAGCGCAUUCCAUCUCCACUAACAAAGAGAACAACUCCUUAGCAAUCAAAUGCGAAUCACCUCUUAGCCCAUCGCAGAACCUACGCAGGAAGUACAAACGACCUUAUUGCAAUGAUGAUGAAGGUCCAAAACCGAAAAUCUUUCUCGAAGGCGCUAACGACUUUCCGAAAUUCGGCAACGAGGAAAAUGAAGAUGGUUCGCUCUUCAGACGCUACCAAAGUCGAGUGGUCCAAAACAAAAUGGAGCACUAUAGGUUCCUCAGAAGCUCUUACUAUUUCCCAAGAUGGCGCCAUCCCCUGCCGUUAAGGAACUUGACAACUGACAGGAAUGGAAACAACUUGCUCAUGAUCGCUCCAGCGCAAAAUGGGACGAGCAAACCAGAUAAUGGGGUUGUGAAGUAUUGCAACGGAACUGCAGAUGUUGAUAAGUCUCUAGAUAAAGACAAAGGUGACAAUAAGGAUGGGAUGAACAAAAUGACUUAGUUUAAGUCAAUAUUUUUUGCAAUACUAUAAUUUAACCGUGUUUACCGACAU